CAUUGUUGUUGAUCGAUGUAAUAUUUUUUGCUUUGACUAUGUCACCCCCUCUCUGGCAAAAACCUGUACGAUGGCGACAGAUCCAGUCUGAUGUGUCAAUUUAUUUAGCAUCCAGCGAAUAGCAAUUACUGUGGUCUGUGCUGCUCCGAGACAUCCGCUGUGCAAACAUCCCUGGCGCCCAAUAUGGAAACUUAGUUUCCAGAUCAGGCUGUUCCAGCAACUGAGCCCCCACCGUUCCCAUGAAGUCGUGCACACGGUGCAGAUCUGGGUUGUAACUGAAUGCAAUAGUGGUGAAAUGUACCUUACGUGUGUUAAAAGUGUUGCCAUGGUUUUCAGGUGCUUUUGCCCCCAGAGUGUUUGGCCAACUGCUCUGGCAGAGCCGGUGUGUGCGUGAAGUUGGCUCACAGGUCUCUGUUGUCGGAUUGCAUCGCGUUGCCAGUCAAAUGGGAAGGUGUGAUCCCGAUUUGGGAAACGACUGAUGUGGGACUCGUCUGUGGCAUUUAGACGGCAGAGGGCGCGAUUGAACCGUUUUAGGCGAACAGACUGCAGCCCCGGAGCCUGGCAGGACAGACAGACAGACACACAGACAGACACACACACAGACACACAGACAGACAGACACACAGACACACAGAGGAAGCGGGGCUCGGCUCGGCUCGGCUGCGUUCGUCAAGGACUUUUAUAUCGCUGCCGCCGCGGUGCUGACUGCUCGGCUCUGCUCUGCUGUGUGGGGACCCGACCCGACCGCCCGUACCUCUCGCUCUCGGCAGUCGCUGCUAAUUCCUCCGUGUUAAACCCCAGAAUCCCAAGUUGCGAGAUGCCACUCACGUCCUCUCCCAAUUUCUUGUGCAAGAACUACAACUACGAUUACGACUACGACUCUUUCCAGCCGGUUUUCUACGACGAGGAUGAGAAUUUCUACCAGCAGCAGCUGCCGGCUCCCAGCGAGGACAUCUGGAAGAAAUUCGAGCUGCUCCCCACCCCUCCCCUGUCCCCCAGCCGCAGACCCAGCUUCAGCCUCUUCCCCUCCAACGCCGACCAGCUGGAGAUGGUCACCGAGUUCCUGGGCGACGACCUGGUCAACCAGAGCUUCAUCUGCGACUCGGACUCGGAAUCCGUCCUCAAGUCCAUCAUCAUCCAGGACUGCAUGUGGAGCGGCUUCUCGGCGGCGGCGAAGCUGGAGAAGGUGGUGAGCGAGAGGUUGGCGUCGCUGCAGGCGGCCAGGAAGGAGCCCGGGUCGCCGUGUCCAUCCUCGGGGUCCGGCGGCGCGACCGGGGUGGAGGAUCUCAGCGCCUCGGCCGCCGAGUGCAUCGACCCCUCCGUGGUCUUCCCGUACCCGCUCAACGAGCGCAAAGUGCCGGCGCAGCCCGGCCCCGCCACCCCCCCCGGCACCGACACCCCCAGCGACUCCGAGGAGGAAGAGGAUGAUGAUGAUGAUGAUGAUGAAGAGGAGGAGGAGGAGGAGGAUGAUGAAGAUGAGGAGGAGGAGGACGAGGAGGAAAUUGACGUUGUGACUGUUGAAAAGAAACAGCCUGCUGCUGCUGCUGCUGCUGCCGCCGCCACUGCUGCCAGGAAAGCAGAGUUAAACACAAACACAGCCGGUAUCUCCAGGUCUCAGCACAGUCCGCUGGUGCUCAAGCGGUGCCACGUCCCGAUCCACCAGCACAACUACGCUGCACCCUCCCCGCAGCCCCCCGCCAAGCGCCCCAAAGUGGAGACUGGCCGCAUCCUCAAGCAGAUCAGCACCAACAGCAGCAAAGCCAAAUGCCCGAGCCCCAGGUCGUCAGACAGCGAGGAGAACGACAAGAGGAGGACUCACAACGUCCUGGAGCGCCAGAGGAGAAACGAGUUGAAACUGAGCUUUUUCGCUUUAAGGGAUCAGAUCCCGGAGGUGGCGAAAAAUGACAAAGCAGCCAAAGUGGUUAUACUCAAAAAGGCGACGGAGCACGUACUGUCAAUCCAGUCAAUGGAACAGAGACUGAUCACAGAGAAGGAGCAGUUGAGGAAAAAGCGAGAACAGCUGAAACACAGGCUUGAACAGCUGAGGAACUCUAGCAAGCGGCAUUAUUAACUUUCUUUGUCUUAUAGACUUCCUGAGGGCAUUUCUGCUGUCUAAUCUUUACGAGACCUUGCCAGUCCUUCAAUAAUAAGAACUUUUUUUUUCUCUCUCCCUGCUCUUGCAUGCCCAUGCAACAUUUCUUGUACUAGACUGAAACUACACAACCAUGGCCAGUCUUCGUUAUUUGUGAGAAACUUGCACCUGGCCAGAAACAUGCGAUACUGCCUCAUAAUUAAAGACUAUAAAUGGGAUUUUGGGACAUUCACACUUUUUUGUUCUUUCUCUGGAGGGGAAGAAAACAUUGCAGUGUAUUAGUUUCUCUAAUGUUUUACUUUAAUUUACAGAUUUGUAUUUAAUGCAUUUAUUUUUCUUAAAAAAACACAAAAUCUUAAAGGUUGACCACUUACAGGUCUAAUUGGUUUGAAAAUUUAAACUUGUUUUAUUUCAACUAUAAAAAAAUUUUUUGUAAAAAGAAUUGUAAAUAUUAAAAUGUCCUUAGAAAACAGUGUAUUUACCAUGUUACUAUGAAUAUCACUUGCUAACCAGUUGUGCCAAACUGGAAAUUGGUUUUUUUGUUUGCACCUUUUCUCAGUUAGCAUGUGGUUUGUGCCAUAAAAGAAUGUUAACCUGC